AUGGAGUCAAACUUCAUAUUCCAGUCUGAGCAACGCGUCUUCCAAGCUAUGGAUGAAAAAAGGGUGGAAAUUCCCUCAACUGCUCUCAACACGAUCAACGUCAACACGAGUGAGGCGAAAACGCAGAAAGAAAUCGCCGGCGGGGUUCUGGUUAUGCAUCUUAUUUUCAUGAUCGUGGCAUUCUCAAUUGCAUAUUCAGAAGAAGCUAAUAAUGGGCAAUUCGAGAUAUUGGAGCUGUAUAAAGGCAGUUGUUCCACGACCGAUAACUGGACAACCGCCUUACAUCUUCUCAUCAACUUCUCAAGUACCCUGAUACUGGGAGCUAGCAGCUCCAUGAUGCAAGUUAUUGGAGCACCAUCUCGAACGGCCGUGGACCGCGCCCACAAUAAACACAAGUGGCUUGAUAUCGGUACUUUAAGCAUCAGAAAUUUUGGAGCCAUGGACUGGAAGCGUCGAACUCUCUGGCUGUGUUUACUUUUUACCUCCCUGCCGAUUCAUAUGCUGUACAAUUCCAUCAUUUUCCGCACAAUAUCAACAUCGGAUUUCGGCACAGUGCUGAUCCCAGAAGACCUUGGCCGUGAUGAACCUCUUGUGUACAACGAAGUCGAGGCAAGCUCCUUCUACAAUGUAAUUGGAGCGCAUGCAGGUGACAUUCAAAAGGAAAUAUUCAACUCGACAUUCAUCAAUGCAACUUUGGCUGAAUGUGUUAGGAAAUAUGAUACCAGUUUCAACACUAAGUAUGGCACCUUACUGCUCGCUGCCGAUCGGAAACACUUCUCAAAUGCAAGUAGUCUGGAAGGCGAUUCCGGAAAUGUGAAGGAUUCCGACGACGGAGAGAAUUAUGAUUAUACCGCAUCGCAAGCUGCAAUUCUCCAAGAGAUCAAUGAGGGUGUCUGGCGUGUACGCGGGGACUUUUGGAGCUACCGGGAAUGGAAUUUUACUACAUCAAAUGGAUCGAUUUUCACCUUUGGUCGUGGGCAACCAGGUAUUGGAAUCAAUGCGUACUUCCAAACAACCUCGCCUACGGUGAAGCAAGAUAUUAUCACGCUUCGUACCUAUAUGAAUCAACAUAACCCGACCAGCGCAGCGUUGCAGACCUUUCUGGAUAAUUCAACAAAUUGGGCCGAUAGCUCUUGGGCAGGCAACCUUACAUACCGGUUUGCAGGGUAUACACAUGCCCCAUAUUUCCUCCUGGAGAUGCUUCCGAAAAGUUGCAUGUUUAAAGAAGCGACUGAAAAAUGUCAACUCUCUUUCAGUCCACCGAUCGCACUGAUUGUGCUGAGUUGCAGUAUCAUCAAGCUGGCAUGCAUGGUCCUUGCGACGUGGCAUAAGCGCGAGGAACCACUCCUGACAAUUGGAGAUUCUAUUGCUUCGUUUUUAAGCGAACCUGAUCCAACGACCAAAGGAAGAUGUAUGAUGUCCCGCCCAGAUACGGAAGCCUGGUCGCUGGCUUACGUCCGCUCACGGCUGGCUGGGCUUGUUUCAUGUUUCCCGGGUCGGUCAAAGGAUACCCAGGAUGCUUCUGACAUACUGUUGACCAAGCCUGGCACGGCCGAGGCAUCUGGAAAUGGAAUUGGGCAUCUGACUUUGCUUUCUCCGAAGAAGUUACGCUGGCACCGAGCGGCAAGUCGAAUGCGAAUGGGACUUACCUAUACCUUUCUUCUCCUUUGCGACAUGGGCCUUUUCAUUGUGCUCUUUUUCUCAAUUGCAACGGCAGCAACUGGAUUUGAUUCCGUGAAGGCAGCCCUGUCAGGAAUCUGGUCAAUGGGGUUCGGCUCAGCCAACACCAAUACCCUGAUUACCAUAAACUUAUCACACAACAUGAUAGCAUUGAUUUUGCUUGCAAACGUCCCGCAGCUCGUCCUAUCUAUUCAAUACUAUCUCAUCAACAGUAUGUUGACAUGCAUGCUCGUUGCUGCGGAGUGGGAUGCUUAUGCACUGCAUCGCAAGCACUUGCGUGUUUCAAAUCCGCAUGGUGAGCAGCGAUCGACAUAUUAUCUCAGUCUGCCAUUUAGAUAUAGCGUGCCCAAGUUGACUUUGUUCACUCUGGCUCAUUGGAUGGUGUCGCAGAGCUUGUUCUUCGUCAAUAUAGUUGGGUACGAUGUGCAUGGACAAGAGGACAAGUUAACAUCGACGCGUGGUGUUUGUUACUCACCUCUGGCGAUAUUCAUCUUUUUUCUUCUUCUGUCCGGAUGUUAUAUUGUGUGUAUUGUUUUGUGCAGAAAGACAUUCAAAUCACACGCCCCCGUCGUAGGUCAUUGCAGCGCGGCAAUUAGUGCCUCAUGUCAUCCUCCGGCGGAAGAUGUCGAUGCGGCAUUGAAGCCAGUUAUGUGGGGGGGAGAUAGUCCUUGA